CUCCCUGAGCAAGGAGCACUCUUCUCCGCUGCAAACAGGACAGGUGCCCAGAUUGUCGCUUCUAAAACACAAAACAGACAGGAAGAUCAUUGCCUGGAUUAUCUAGAUCGGUAGAGAGAGAGAGAAUUCCUUUUUACAUCUGAAAUGCCAGACAGUGAGGAUCUGGGACAAGAUGAAAGCUGGAAGGUCAUCAGUUCCAGGCAAGACUACAGACCCAGGAUAAAUCAGUGCAUUUCAGAAGCACUGAUGAAUUUAUUUGUAUUUCUUCAAGAAAUGUCUCACUUCAAGGAACAAAACCCUGGCAAGUUUUGCCUGCUGGUCUGCAGUGUAUGUACAUUUUUCACUGUCUUGGGAAGUUACAUUCCUGGAGUUGUCCUCUCCUAUGUCCUGCUAUUGUGUGCCUUUUUAUGUCCCUUCCUUAAGUGCAAUGAAUUUGGACAGAAAAUGUGCAACAAAAUUAAGACUGUUGUGAUGAAACUAGAUUUUGGAAUUGUGGAAUAUAUCAACCAGAAGAAAAAAGAGAGAUGUGAAACAGCAAAAACAAAACCCACAGAAGAUGACAGUGAAUUAGACAUAUCAGCUCUGUGUCCUAAGGUUAAUCCUGCAGUUGUUGCCAAAGAGCUAUCAGUGUCUGACACAGAUGUAUCGGAAGUAUCUUGGACCGAUAAUGGGACCUUUAACUUAUCUGAGGGGUAUUCUCCGCAGACAGACACAUCUGAUGAUUUUGACCGACCUAGUGAUCAUGAAGAAGCAUUUGCUAGAGAUCUUUCAGAAUUUCCUUCUCUAGAAAAUGGUGCCGGAACAAAUGACGAUGAUGACUCCAGCAUUGGAAUGCCCAUCCAGCAGAAACAGAAGAAGGAACACACAUACUUCAAGGUGGAUCAUGCUUCCAGACAGAGUAAAGAGAGACCAUCCACUGCAGGGCUCUCCUUGCCUUUGACCAGUGACCAAACCUUUAAUUUAAUGAGUGGAAUUGCUGGGGAUGUCAUCGCAGCUGCGGUGUCUGCUGCUAUCAAAGACCAGUUGCAGUCUGCACAGCAAGCUCCCUCACAUGCAGCGCCUAGUUUGAGUGAGGAGACAGACACAGAGGAAGCUGAUGAUUUUGAACUGCUUGACCAGUCUGAGCUUGAGCAGAUUGAGAAAGAGUUGGGACUUUCACAAGGCCAAGAAGCAGAAUCACAGGAAAAGAAAAAGUCUUCAGGCUUCCUUUCAAAUCUGCUUGGAAAUCAUUAA